AUGAGCCUCGGUUCCAACGGCAGCGUCCCCACCACGGCAGGCCCAAGCUCGGGCGGGGGAGGUGCUCCAUGGGUGACGCCGCUCCUGGGCUCCACCCUGGUGGCCAUGUGCGUGCUGGGCGCGGCGGGCAACCUGUACACGCUGGCAGUGACGCGCUCGGCGGCCCUGCGGCGCGCGGGGUCCAUGCGCGUCUUCAUCAUCAACCUGGCAGCGGCCGACCUGCUAUACCUGGCUACCAUCCCGUUCGUGGUGUGCACCUACUUCGCCCGUGACUGGUUCUUCGGCGAGACGGGCUGCCGCCUGCUGCUCAGCCUGGACCUGCUCACCAUGCAUGCCAGCGUCUUCGUCCUGGUGGCCAUGAGCCUGGAGCGCUACCGGGCCGUGGCGACGCCCUUCGGUGCCCGCCGCCCACCCGGCCGUCGCCACUGGCUGGCGGCGCUGGGCGUGUGGGCGGCGGCCACGGCGCUCACUCUUCCCAUGAUGGUGAUGAUCCAGCUGCGCGAGGGUCGUCCGGGUGCCGGUGGCCUCGUCAAGCGCAUCUGCUACCCCACGUGGAAGCCCGAGGCCUUCAGGGCCUACCUGACGCUCCUCUUCUUCACCAGCAUGCUGGUGCCGGGUCUGGUAAUGGGGGGGCUAUACACCGGCCUGGCACAUCACUACUGGGUGGCCCAGGCAAACCUGGUGCGCGGAGGCUCAGGGCGUGGAGGCACGGCGCUCUCCCGGCUGCGGCGGCAGCUCAAGUACAGAGUAGUGGGCAUGGUCUUCAGCAUUGUGGUGGCCCACUGGGUCUGCUUCCUGCCCUUCUGGGCCUGGCAGCUGGCCAAGCUUUUCUCGCCCGAGGCCCUGCGCUCGCUCUCGCAUGCCGCUCACACCUACCUAAACUUCUUCGUCACCUGCCUGACGUAUGGGAACAGCUGCGUGAACCCGCUCCUCUACACGCUGCUCACCCGGAACUACAGGGACUACCUGGCCCAGAGGGGGCAGAACUCUGGCUCUAGCCGCGCGGAACAGGCCUCAGCGCCCCCGGCCAACCACGCCGCCCAGGACUCGGAGACGACGUAG